UAUCACUCAGCAACUAAGAAUAAUCAUUUCUAUGGAAAAUAUAAACAAAACACCAUUGCCUUGCUAGCUUUUGAUCUGCAAAGACACACAAGCGUUUCAGGAUGACAAAAACAAUGAAUUUGUUUCUACUGCUGAACAUCUGUAUUGCACUGGCUGCUAACCGGAGUGCAACCUAUUUGAAAAGCGAUGACUUAAGAUUAAGACCAUCUUUAGUAGCAGUCUAUGAUCGCCUUCAGAGUGUUGAUAUGAGCCAAUACAAUGACAGUUUAUAUGAAAGUAUGGGGAGCAUGUAUGACACAAUUGCAUCAACAGUAAAAGAUAUCCAAGAAGCUGCAAUGGAAACAAUUGAUGACAUCACUGAGGCCACAACUAAUCUUGGAGAAGGAGUGGUUGAAUGGGCCAACCAGAAAAUUCAUGGCAUAACCAAAGGAAUGGGAAUUCUGACAGAUGUCAUCGAUGAAUGGUACAAUGAGACAACAUACAGCAUCUCCAUGACAACAAUAGUUUAUAUAAAUGAUACACUCAAACGGAUGAAUGAACUGAUGAAUGUUGUGGCGCAGUGCAAAUUUGGAACAUGGUUUAUAAAAAAUGAUCCAUUCAAAGGCAGAGAUCUGUAUGAGAGAUGCACGAUCCACAUCAUUGGCAUCCUAUGUAUUAUUGCAUUCUCCAUCAAAGUAUUCCUUGUGGAAACAGAGAGACUUAGAUACACCCAUCCAAAGCCAGAUGACUACCAAGCCUACUGUAGACACCUUGAGACCCUCUUAUGUGAAGAUGACAACACCAAAUCUGAAAACUCCAAACCAACCCGCACUAGCAUGCCCAAAUAUGGAUGGAACAAACACCAAAGACGUGGAAUGAUGAAUGUUACAAACAAACAGAUCAAGAAGACUGUAAUUCAACGUCAACAAAAAGAGAGGGAAAUAAAGAAGAGAACAAAGACACAAUCUAUCGCCAGAGUUUGGUGUUGUAUAUAUGGACUAUAAAUCAUGACUUCUUAUUGCUACUGUUUAAUUUAUUAUUCAUAGUUAUAAAAUAUAUAUUAAUUUCACAUGUAAAAUAUGUUUGUUUAUGAAAUUGGGC